CAUCACUGACGUCCCUGUCGUCCAUCUGCAGCACAGCAAAGCAAAUCCCUAUGAUCACAGACGGCCAACCAAAUAAACCAUCAAAAGAGAAAUCGUCCGAAUCCAAACCGGACUAAGCCGAGACGGAAAAAAAAAGACUGGGAUACGGAUCGCUCGUGGGCACACAGCCACACGGCGAUACAAUAUUCCUUCCCCAAAAAACAAAAACAAGAAAGAUGCUCAUGGGCAAGAUGCUCAAACUGAGUCAACAACUCAACAAGCUCUCCAAACCCAUCCUCGUCUACCUCGCCGCCCUCCAAGACGUGCCCGUCAACCCCAUCCACAUCGCCACUGCUGCUGCCGCCACUACGACGACGACGACGACGACGUCGUAUUAUGUUGCGAGUACUUGCACCGAGAGUCCGACGGCGGUUUGUCACUAUCAUCAGAUUCCCCAGUACCACCCAGGAGGAGGAGUGGGACUAGGGGGAGGGGGAGGGGGAGGGGCAGGAACGUGGCCGACGCCUUUUCCGUUUGCGUACUCGCCAGCGACGGCGUCGUCGUCGUCGUUGUCGUCUGUGAUGGGAUUGGAAGUUUGGCUGUGGUGGUCUGAGGGGUUUUGGAGAGGUGAGAUGGAAGGUGCGGAGGAGAAUGUCCUGCUGAGUAUCAUCAGGAGCUUGGCGGCCUGACUACCUUAGUUGUAGUCCACUCUCCUACAGUUGCUUACUCUAAGGGAUAGGGGGAGGGGGGUGAAUCUAAGGGAAGGGGGGAGGGGGAGUAGGAUAGACAAGCGUGAAGAGCACCUUCUCUAGGUCUUCAAUCACUUGUCGGCUGAGCUUAUGCUUGAUCCGCUCGGAUUCCAUGAUGAUGGCGAACCCUUUACGGCAGGUUGAGCGGAUGAUGAGCUCGAGACGGUCGAAGCGAUCGAAGCGCUUGAGUUGAGAGGUCCAGGUGGGAUCCUUGGUUGUGAAAGUACUGUCUGCAGCCAUGGCCAUGGCCAGAAGGUCUUUCGACCUGGCUGGGUCUUCAAUCUGCUGGAUUCCUGUGUUUUUUUAAGGAAGUGGGGUUCAUUAGCUUUUGUUUGUGGGAGGUGUAAUGGAUGGUUUGGGUUUUCUGGCGUUAUGCGGUAAGGGGCGUCCAUGGUACGGUUUUGUUUGACGUAUGUGCUGCGUAUUCUUGGAUUGGGAUAGAUGAUGGGUCAGGGUAUUGUAACAAGGAGCGUGCAUUGGAUGUUUGCAUCGGCGGCAAUGGGCAUCUGGGUGAUGGGGACUGGGCUUCAGGUACUUGGGUAGAAUCUACGUACCACAUGUCCCGAUAGAUCCGGCGCCUGUUGAAAAGGGAAACGUCUUGUUAGCACAGAAAGACAGAGUAGUAUGACAUUUAAAAGAAACGCUUAGUACCA